AUGCAGAGAAACGCAGAAGAACUAUCGUCCUACCAGAAAAAGAUCGUCGGCGUUGAUGAUCACUUGGGAGUCGCCCUGGCUGGUCUCGCGUCCGACGCUCGCGUCCUGUCCAACUUCAUGAAGCAACAGUCCCUCGCCUCCAAAAUGACCUACGGUCGCCCCAUACCCGUCGAGCGCAUUGUCAACAUGAUAGGAGACCGGGCUCAGACAAACACGCAACACUACGGUAAGAGACCCUACGGUGUUGGACUGUUGGUUGCGGGCGUGGACGAGCUGGGGCCGCAUCUGUUCGAGUUCUCCCCCUCUGGUAUGACGCAGGAGAUGCUGGCCUGUGCAAUUGGUGCGAGAAGUCAAAUGGCAAGGACGUACCUCGAGAGACAUUUGGACAAGUUUGCCGACAGCAGUCGGGACGAACUGAUCAAGCACGCUCUGCUUGCGCUGAAGGAGUCUCUUGCACAAGACAAGGAGUUGACGGUGGACAACACCAGUUUGGCGGUGAUUGGCAUCGGCGAGAAAGACGGCCGCAAGAAGUUCGAGGCCUUCAAACUCUACGACGGACAAGACAUUGGACCUUUGCUGGAAGCCAACGUGGAGUCGACUACGGCAGAAGGCGAUGCUAUGGAGACAGACUCAUAG